CCUUUUCUUUGAAUCCGACUUCUUUGAAUCUCCAUUCAUCAAAAUUGUUACUUAUUUUUCAUUGAACUCCUACGGUAGUUUAAAAAAUAUCCCUUUCUUUGGAUCUCCACACUUGGCAACUCUCACCUCUACCUCCAGGAACUCCCUUCUCCAAGUGGCGAUCUUCUGCUUGCAACCGUGGCCCUACCCACCCCUCUCCCAUUGGUGAUCCCCUCCUCAUUACUACCAGCAGCAUGCACCCAGUGAGACUUUUAGUUAUACCUAACGAAAACUUGAUGAUGCACGGGGGCUGUGACGCUGCUGCUGACACUUUUUGGGGGUAUGUGUUGGGCGGGCCUGGACAGCAGGCCAGGAGGCCCCUGCAUUUUGCUUCUUGGUAGUGGACUUGGAAUUAGGCUUGGACUGGGCUUGGACUUGGGAAGGAAGCAACCAGAAGGUGGUAGAUACAACUUAGAAGAAGAGAGAAAUACGACUACUACUACUUUCUAGUAAACACUAUUUCUCUUUUAUAACAUCAAAUUAGCCUUUGGUCUCUUCCUUGUAUUACUUUGUGGCAUUGCUCGUUUGUUUGUUUGAUUGACUGAUCGAUCUUGGGGUGUGGGUCUUGUGAUUUCUGGUGAUUGAUUGAUUCAUCUGUGGGAGUGUAAUUUUGUGGUGUGUGGAAGGAAAGAAUGGGGAGCUCAGGAGGAGGAGGAGGAGGAGGAUUGACGUGGAAGCUGGCAGAUCAUCCGAAGCUGCCAAAGGGUAAGACCGUAGCGGUGGUAGUGUUGGAUGGCUGGGGCGAAGCCUCUCCCAAUCCCUACAACUGCAUUCAUGUCGCCGACACUCCCACCAUGGAUUCCCUCAAGAAUAAGGGUGUCCCUGACAGGUGGAGGUUGGUCAGGGCUCAUGGUACUGCAGUAGGCCUUCCAUCUGAUGAUGACAUGGGCAACAGUGAAGUUGGUCAUAAUGCUCUUGGUGCUGGACGAAUUUUUGCUCAGGGAGCAAAGCUUGUUGACCUUGCUCUUGCCUCUGGAAAAAUUUACGAAGGAGAAGGUUUUAAGUACAUAAAGGAAUGUUUUGAAAAUGGUACAUUGCACCUCAUUGGAUUAUUAAGUGAUGGGGGUGUCCACUCCCGGCUUGAUCAAUUGCAGUUAUUGCUCAAAGGUGCAAGUGAGCAUGGCGCUAAGAGAAUCCGUGUUCAUAUACUUACUGAUGGCCGUGAUGUCUUGGAUGGUACAAGUGUGGAGUUUGUAGAAACCCUUGAGAAUGAUCUCUCAAAAUUACGUGAGAAAGGUGUUGAUGCCAAGAUUGCAUCCGGGGGAGGUCGCAUGUAUGUUACAAUGGAUCGUUAUGAGAAUGAUUGGGGUGUUGUGAAACGUGGAUGGGAUGCCCAAGUUCUUGGUGAAGCCCCAUACAAGUUUAGGAAUGCUCUUGAGGCUGUUAAGAAACUGAGGGAGGAAGCCAAUGCUAAUGACCAGUACUUGCCUCCUUUCGUGAUUGUUGAUGAGAAUGGGCUGGCUGUGGGCCCAAUUCUAGACGGUGAUGCUGUUGUGACAUUCAACUUUCGUGCAGAUCGCAUGGUUAUGCCUGCUAAAGCAUUUGAAUAUGAAGACUUCGAUAAAUUUGAUCGAGUUCGGUUCCCUAAAAUCCAUUAUGCUGGAAUGCUUCAGUAUGAUGGUGAGUUGAAGCUUCCUAGCCACUACCUUGUUUCUCCUCCAGAGAUAGAAAGGACAUCUGGUGAAUAUUUGGUGCACAAUGGUGUCCGAACUUUUGCUUGCAGUGAGACUGUUAAAUUUGGUCAUGUUACUUUCUUCUGGAAUGGAAAUCGGUCAGGGUAUUUUAAUGAAGAAAUGGAAGAAUAUGUGGAAAUCCCAAGUGACUCUGGAAUCCCAUUCAAUGUCCAACCAAAGAUGAAGGCUUUAGAGAUUGCUGAGAAGGCCAGGGAUGCUAUACUUGGCGGAAAAUUCCACCAGGUGCGCGUUAACCUACCAAAUGGUGACAUGGUGGGCCAUACAGGUGACAUUGAGGCCACAAUUGUGGCUUGCAAGGCGGCUGAUGAUGCUGUGAAGAUGAUUCUUGAUGCAAUAGAGCAGGUGGGUGGGAUAUAUGUUGUCAGUGCUGAUCAUGGUAAUGCUGAGGACAUGGUGAAGAAGAACAAGAAAGGGGAGCCUCUUCUUGACAAGAAUGGCAAUGUUCAAAUACUUACAUCUCACACUCUUCAACCGGUGCCUAUAGCAAUUGGAGGUCCUGGAUUGCUGCCUGGAGUGAGAUUCCGCAAGGAUGUUCCUGAUGGUGGGCUUGCAAAUGUGGCUGCAACUGUGAUGAACCUCCAUGGGUUUGAGGCUGCUAGUGACUAUGAGCCAACUCUCAUUGAGGUUUCUGAUAACUAGUUCAAGUGCAACAAAUUAAAAUUUUGACUUGUACAUGGUUACAAUGUGCACUGGAAAUAUAUUUCCUUGUUAGUGUCGAAAAAAAUUACAAGUCAAGAGUAUUUUCAGCAGCCUAGUACAAUUUCAGUUUGGGCACUGUCGUGCUGCAGUUGACACAAUAAUAUUAGGGCAACUGUUCUUCUGUUUUUUUUGAUAGCCUUCUCCCAAGUUUGGACAACAACUAUGAUCACCAUGGUCCUGUAUUUGGUUGUUUUGAAGGACAAUCUCAUUGGAGAAUUUCAAUCUCUCUAUGAUUCUCUCUUU